AUGGCUGGAGACUGCGGACACCUCGGUCCGUCCCGCAAGCGCGCUCCCGUGGACGCGGACCGGCUGAGCGACCUGCCGGACUGCCUCCUGGAGGACAUCCUCUCGCGCCUCGGGUCCCUGCAGGCCGUGCGGACGAGCGCGCUGUCCCGGCGCUGGCGGCACGUCUGGCGCUCCGUGCGCUGUGUCGACAUCGACCAGCGGGAGUUCCCCGGCAGCGGCACGCCCGGCUCCCGCCAGUACCAGCGCUUCGAGGACUUCGCCGACACCAUGCUGCCGUUGCCUCCCGGCGCCGCGCGGCCGCCUCUGGACACGUUCCGCCUCCACUUCGCGGAUGCCAUGAACAGGGUGGCCAUGAACACUACGAGCUUUGGGAGGUGGAUCCGGCGGGGCUUCAUGCGCCGCCCGGCCACCGUCGACCUCCAGUGCGACUACGUCAAUGGCUGCAUCCUGUGGCCGCCCUGCCACGUAGACAUGGGAACCGCCGCCUGCCGCCUGACUAGGCUCCGGCUCUCCGGUGUGACGCUAGGACUCGGCUCCCGGGAGGAGAUUGGCGGCCAGUUGCCGGUCCUGGAGGACCUGCACCUCGACAACUGCUGCUACUACGGGGUCCUCACCAUUGCCUCGCCCACGCUCAAGAGCCUCGCAGUCACAAGUAAUUCGGUCAGUUACUCUACUGACACCGUGGCCAUCGCGGCUCCUCGCCUCGCCUCCCUCCGCCUCGUCCUUCCGUUCGGCCGCGACGGCAGGACCUCGGUGGUAACCAAAGCUCCAGGAAACGAGGCGCUGCCAUCGCUCGUCGAGGCGUCCAUCUGUCUAAACGAUCUGGACCAACGGGCUUACAAAGCCAAGCUCCCGUUCCUGAGAUCCCUGUGCAGCUUCCUCGGCCGACUAACCAAUGUCACGAAAUUAGAACUCUCGGGGUUCACAACCACGGCAUUGCUGGACCAUGAGUCUCAAGAUUUUCCGGUCCUCGAAAACCUAAGAACCUUGCUUCUCGACGGUUGUGAUAUUGGAGCAAUCGACCUCCAAGUGUUGAUGAAAAUCCUUGAGAACGCCCCUAAUUUGGAGAAGCUCCGAUUGCACCGCUGCAAGGUUUGGCUACAAGUGGAAGAUCACUUGUGA